UCGUAGCGCGCUGGGCGGCAGAGCGGGCGGCGCAGGCCGGGCUGGGCCCGCGCGCGGCGGCAGCGGCGCCCCGGGCCGGAGGCGGCCCAGCCGAGCGGGCCAUGGCCACCGCCAUUCAGAACCCGCUCAAGUCCCUAGGCGAGGACUUCUACCGAGAAGCCAUCGAGCACUGCCGCAGCUACAACGCGCGCCUGUGCGCCGAGCGCAGCCUGCGCCUGCCGUUCCUCGACUCGCAGACCGGCGUGGCCCAGAACAACUGCUACAUCUGGAUGGAGAAGACCCACCGCGGCCCCGGUUUGGCCCCGGGACAGAUUUACACGUACCCCGCCCGCUGUUGGAGAAAGAAACGGAGACUCAACAUCCUGGAAGACCCCAGACUCCGGCCCUGCGAGUACAAGAUUGACUGUGAGGCGCCAUUGAAGAAGGAGGGCGGCCUCCCAGAAGGGCCGGUCCUUGAGGCUCUACUGUGUGCUGAGACAGGGGAGAAGAAGAUAGAGCUGAAGGAGGAGGAGACCAUUAUGGACUGCCAGAAACAGCAGCUGCUGGAGUUUCCACAUGAUCUUGAAGUGGAAGACUUGGAGGAUGACAUUCCCAGGAGGAAGAACAGGGCCAAAGGAAAGGCAUAUGGCAUCGGGGGUCUCCGGAAACGCCAGGACACCGCUUCCCUGGAGGACCGAGACAAGCCGUAUGUCUGUGAUAUCUGUGGGAAACGGUAUAAGAACCGGCCAGGGCUCAGCUACCACUACACCCACACCCACCUGGCUGAGGAGGAGGGGGAGGAGAACGCCGAACGCCACGCCCUGCCCUUCCACCGGAAAAACAACCAUAAACAGUUUUACAAAGAAUUGGCCUGGGUCCCUGAGGCACAGAGGAAACACACAGCCAAGAAGGCGCCUGAUGGCACUGUCAUCCCCAACGGCUACUGUGACUUCUGCCUGGGUGGUUCCAAGAAGACGGGGUGUCCCGAGGACCUCAUCUCCUGUGCCGACUGUGGGCGAUCAGGACACCCCUCGUGUUUACAGUUCACGGUGAACAUGACGGCAGCCGUGCGGACCUACCGCUGGCAGUGCAUCGAGUGCAAGUCCUGCAGCCUGUGUGGCACCUCGGAGAACGACGACCAGCUGCUGUUUUGUGACGACUGCGAUCGGGGUUACCACAUGUACUGCCUGAGUCCCCCUAUGGCGGAGCCCCCGGAAGGGAGCUGGAGUUGUCACCUCUGUCUUCGGCACCUGAAAGAGAAGGCCUCUGCUUACAUCACCCUCACCUAGGCCUGGCUCUGGCUCACCUGGACCUCUGGGGUGAUGCUUGCCUACCUGCCUCUUGGAGCUCCUCCAGUCUCUCCCCAUCCUUAAUGCCCCACAGUGGAAGGGGCUGGGGGGCGGGGGGAGCCUGAGAGGGGGCUGGGCCACCCCCUCCCCUCUGUGCAAGUGGAAUGUUUGCCCUGCGGGUUGGUGGGCCCAACAGGGUCCUCUGCCCUCCUCCCUCCUGCCUCACCCCUUCGCAAAUGGGCACCAGGGGCUUCUGCUCCCCUCAAAGCCAUACCCCGCCUCUGGGCGGGCACGAGGGGUGGUGGAUGCCAGCUGGGGGCACGGACAAAGCCUUUUUCUAAAGAAAAAGUCAAAAAGUU